AACAGCCGCGACACCGACGUGUUGUGGUGUGCCCGGGUGACGGUUUUAUUCCACUGUUGGCGUUCCGGGCGUUUGCAACUCUCGGGCCCGGCCACACAGCAGCGCGCGCGGUUCUCGGUUUUUUUUUGUGCGGAUUUUUGUUCGAUUGCGUAUUUCGUUUCGUUUCCGGUCGGUUUUUAUCCGCGGGACAGCAAAAAUAGUGUUUGUUACGAUUUUUUGAGAAGAUUAGCUAUUUUCUCUUAUUUCGUGCGUGCAGAAUAUGCUAUGAUCGCGUAGGAAAUACAAAAGCGGACGAAAGUGAACAACGCCUUACAAUAGACGCAAACCGGAACCGGUAGUCAGUGUGCACAGUGCCACAUUUGAAAGCAUGUGAAGGUGCAUGUGAAUAGCAACGAAGUAAACUGAAGCGAAGUGAUCUAGUAGACAUAUCUAGUGUAGCAUAUAAAGCAAACAUCGAUAACAAGAGAAAAAAAAAACAAGUGUACGUAGUGAAUGAGUAGACCAAAAUAUCGACAACGAUAAGUAGCCGAACUAGUGCGAUCCGAUUAGAGUGUCCCUGUCUCCAGAACCGAUGUGCCUGAAGUGCCGCGCCUGAUGACGCUAUGUGCGAGGUCGCGACCCUGACCGACAGCAAACAGCAGCAACCAUCGUCGUCGUCACCGUUACUACUAGUCGGCAUCAUGGGACAAACAUCGUCCUCCGGGACGGCGGCCAGCAACAACAACAACAACAACAGCCAUCAUCUUCAGCAUGGCGUCGCGAGUCGCAAUGGGAAGAAGAUGUACCAUCGGCACAGUUCGGUUCAACCGGCGCUCGCAAGCAUUCGGCUGCUGAAGAAGGAAAAUUCGCUCACGGUGGGCGGAAGUGGUACGAAGCGGGAUGCGGCAGUUCUGCUGCAGAAGGCACGCACCGAAAGUCGCAACAUGGAUCAGUAUGGGCUGCUGUUGGCGAAUGGUGCUGCAACGGGGACGAAUGGGACGGCGGCAGCAGCAGGAGCGGCGGUUGCAGCACCCUCCUGCCCGAUCGAAGCAACGACGGCAAGCAACGAACUGACGGCGCUACUCUCGUCGGGCAGUGCGGCUGAUGUGGACCGCUCGGCAACGUCGGUCGCAGGUAAUGGAGCUAGUAGCCGGGAGUUUUUCAAAUCCGGAGAUGAUACGUAUCAUCGGACGGACUGUUGCUACUACCGUACGAUGGACAAUGGCUAUCAUAAGCUGCCCUCCGAUUCGUACCAUAAAACGACCGAAGGAUGUUACGUGAAGAUGACGGACGGUAGCUUCCGGCGGCUGGACUACACACCCGGCAGUGCAACGGACGGGGAAGAGGAUGUGCCGGCAGCUACGACGCCUGCUGCUCCGGUCCAGUACCGUGUCCGCAAUCCGAUGUUGAAGUUUCUCAAACGCUCAAAGUCACAUACACCCGCCACGAUAGCACAGCUGCAGAAGGAGAAGGAGCAGCGCGAUCGCAAGACGGUGCAGCAGCAGCACCGACUCAGCACGAUCCAGGCGACGGAUGCUGGGGAUGCGGGUCGGCUGCAGGCCGCAGUUGCUGCGGCCGCCCUUCUGCAGCACGCCAACCACCACCAUCAGAAAUCUGUGCCAACUUCCGGACCGCUGCUCGCGUCAGCCACGCAACCGGUGCUGACCAAUGCCCAGUCGGGCCAGCAGUCACAGCAGCAUUCCCAUUCGCAUCAGCACCAUUCGCAUCAUCACCAUCACCAUCAUCACAACCACGCGCACCCACCGUCUGCGUCAUCGAUCGUGGAGCAGCAGCAGCAGCAGCAGGCUCCGAGCAGCAAUGUUGUUGUCCAAGCCAAGCAGGCCGGAGUGGCGGUACCGAAUCAUCAGAAUCGACGCGUCAUGGUGACGAUGAUCGAUGGUGGGCUGCCGGUGGUGGCUAAGAGUAAGCCGAUCCACGACAAACCGAAGAGUGCCAAAGCCCGCGUCCAGGAGGUGAAAAGGGAUAAGGGCUCACCAAAUAUGCAAAUGCGCGGUACACCCGCCCGAUGGCGAUCGGGCGAGGAGCACAUCGGCAAGUACAAGCUGCUGAAGACGAUCGGCAAGGGUAACUUUGCGAAGGUGAAACUGGCGAAGCACGUCCCCACCAACAAGGAGGUCGCCAUCAAGAUCAUCGACAAGACCCAGCUGAAUCCUUCCUCACUGCAGAAGCUAUACCGGGAGGUGCGGAUAAUGAAAAUGCUCGAUCAUCCGAACAUCGUGAAGCUGUUUCAGGUGAUCGAAACGGAGAAAACACUUUACCUGGUGAUGGAGUACGCGUCCGGCGGUGAAGUGUUUGACUAUCUGGUCGCCCACGGCAAGAUGAAGGAGAAGGAGGCCCGCGCCAAGUUCCGACAGAUCGUGUCCGCCGUACAGUACUGCCAUCAGAAGCGAAUUAUACACAGAGAUUUGAAGGCGGAAAACCUGCUGCUCGACAGUGAGAUGAACAUUAAGAUAGCGGACUUUGGUUUCUCGAAUGAGUUCACGCCCGGCUCGAAGCUGGACACGUUCUGCGGUUCGCCCCCGUACGCAGCGCCCGAACUGUUCCAGGGCCGCAAGUACGACGGUCCGGAGGUGGACGUGUGGUCGCUCGGCGUCAUCCUCUACACCCUGGUCAGCGGUUCACUGCCGUUCGAUGGCGCCACCCUGAAGGAGCUGCGCGAGCGCGUCCUGCGGGGCAAGUACCGCAUUCCCUUCUACAUGUCGACCGACUGCGAGGUACUGUUGAAAAAGUUCCUCGUCCUCAACCCAUCGAAGCGCGCCAACCUCGAAACGAUCAUGAAGGACAAGUGGAUGAACAUGGGCUACGAGGACGAUGAGCUGAAGCCGUACGUCGAACCGUUGCCCGAUCUCAAAGAUCAGAAACGGAUAGGUAAGACGGAGGCGCUAGUCGCGAUGGGCUACAAUAGGCAAGAUAUUGAAGAUUCAUUGGCAAACACCAUGUACGAUGACGUAUUCGCCACUUAUCUACUGCUCGGAAGAAAAAGCACCGACUCCGAGUCGGACGGGUCCCGGUCCGGAUCGUCCCUGUCGUUACGUAACAUUGCCGGCAACGAGGGUGCCGCAGCCGGUAACUCACAGGUGCAAAGCCCAACGCAUCGCGGCGUGCAUCGAAGCAUAUCCGCGUCCAGCACCAAACCGAGCCGGCGAGCGUCCAGCGGUGGCGAAACACUGCAAAUCUUCCAACGCUUCAUUACAGGCGUCGGACCAACGACGGCCGUGGCCGCAGCCGCUGCUGCCGCCGCUGUCGGUGCCGGCGGUGGCGGUGUGGGUGGCGGCGGCGGUGGUGGUGGCGGUGUCGUCGGCAAUAUUGCGGCAACGGGCGGUGGUACGGGCACGGUGGUCGGCGGCGGCGGCGGUACCGGCGGUGGCGGUACGGCCGGUGUCACCGGGAACAGUGUCCAUGCCGGUGCGAACAGCAACCACAGUUCGGGCACGGGCGGCGGUAGUGGCGGCGGUGCAUCUGAAAGAACAUCGAUAAGCAGUAAUUUCAAGCGUCAAAAUACAAUCGACUCGGCGACGAUCAAGGAAAAUACGGCACGGUUGGCCGCACAGAAUCAGCGGCCAGCAUCGAGCAUAACUAAACCGAUUACCUCGGUAGACAACUCAUCGAUCUCCAGCCCGGCGAAAGCGCGUACUACCAGCAGCAGUACGAGUACCAAGUAUGACCCGAGCAACGGCUCCCGGACAGUAGGCCCCAGUGCCGGCCUAAUGCCCAGACGGUCCACGACGCUGUACGAGAAGACAUCGUCCACAGAAAAGACAAACUCCACCACGGAUCCAACUAGCAACAGUUUCGUCGCACCAAUACCCGAAUUCAACCGUGGCAAUACAGCAGCAUCGGCGGCUACAAGUGGUGCGGUGGGUAUGGGUGGUGGCGGGAUUGCCAACAGUGGUGGCACCGCUAAUACCACCGGCACGGGAGCUAAUACCGGGGCCACAACCGGAAGCACUACCGGCAGCGGUGGCAACACCACCACCAACACCACCACCACCACUACUACUGGCAGCACUACUGCCGGCAGUGGUGGUGUUAACGUGGGUGGUGGUACCGGUGGCAACGGUGGUGGUAGCGUUGGAGGUGGAGUAGGCGGCGGUGGCGGCACCGGUAAGGGACAUGUCAAGAGUGCAUCCGUCUCCAGUCCCGGUCCGUCCGCCGACAGUACUACCAAUAGUGCCGCCACGAACGAUCCCCUCAGACAAAGCAGCAUGGUGAACCGCAAUAGUCUUACACCAGCCGUUAAUUCUUCCAGACAACCGGUUGCAUUUCCCAGGAAUGUUCCAUCGCGAUCGACUUUCCAUUCGGGACAAACCAGAUCCCGAAACAGCACGGUGUACGCCGGAACGGGCGGGAAUGUCGGUGAUUCGCCCCACUCUGGCAAGACUUUCUUGCAAAGACUUACAACCAGAUUUAGCAAACGGGACAAUUUGCGGCUGCCAUCCGAAAGGCCCAACGAUGGCCAAGCAAAUACUUCAACAAGUACGGCUAGUACGAACACGGAGGAACCGGUAAAGCCACGUGUGCUGCGCUUCACCUGGUCCAUGAAGACGACCUCCCCCCGGCUGCCGGACGAGAUAAUGGCCGAGAUUCGGUCCGUGCUGGACAAGAACAAUUGUGAUUAUGAGCAGCGAGAACGAUUCGUGCUGCUGUGCGUGCACGGUGACCCGAACACCGACUCGCUAGUGCAGUGGGAAAUCGAGGUCUGCAAGCUUCCCCGGCUAUCGCUGAACGGUGUCCGGUUUAAGAGAAUAUCGGGCACCAGCAUUGGCUUCAAGAACAUUGCGUCGAAGAUCGCGUACGAUCUACGCCUGUGACUCGAUACAAAAUCGGAAGAGUAUCACUCGGUCGGGAGCGAUACGACCCAGGACGAUGGCGAUGAUGGGCACGACGACGACGGUGGUGGUGGUGAGGAUGACGGGACAGCCGGUGGCGGCGGUGUGACGGAAACAGAAUCAGAAUCAGAACAGAAGCGCAGCAAUCAUACAAGGAACGAGGGCAGCAGCGGUGGCAACGGUGGUAGUAAUGGUGGUGGUGGUGGUAGUGGUGGUGACACAAAACACGACGAGGCUGGUAUUAUGCAGGAUCGCAGCACGCUCACCGUCGUCCCGGCCGAUGUAAAGCUACGCACGAAGCAAUCGUCCGCGAGUGGUGGCGCCGGCGGCAAACAACAACGCUGGUCGCUGGUAGUCGUGGAUGGACGAGCAUCAUCGUUGCGUCGGAAGGACAAGGAACGGACCGGCAAUCAACACCAUCAUCACCCUCCACCCCAGCAAUCGCCCCGCCGUCAAAAGGGUGGUGGUAGAAAGGAGAAAGAGCGGGAUAGUGGUGGGGAGGAUACGACGACGAAGCUCCGGACCGAUGCUGCUACUUCCGGUGUGGGUGGUGAGGGAGGAUGUCAACAACACGCUGGCGGCGGUUACAACAGCAUUUUCGCCUCGCUGCUGCGUACCACCACGCUGUGAGCCGUACCGUGUGCGUGUGUGACACCAAUCCCAACCACCAACAAAAUAUUGACUGUUAGUUAAAUCAAUUAUAGUUGUACACUACACACCUACCUACCUACCUACCUACCUACCAACCAACCAAUCAACAUACAUACCUACCAACACAUACCUGUGGGCGCACGUUAAGAGAACCGACCCCCGACCACAGGACGCUCACGGUAUUGGGGUGCAGAUUCUUCAGUUCAUCGAAGAAGGUUCAUCCUACUCUACCAAACAGGCUAGAAACUAAUGGGCUGGACAGAGGACAGGACACACACUCGAUAAAAACAAAAUUCCUUACCGGACACUAGAAUUCCUCUUGCGGCUCGUCUGUGUGUAUGUGUGUGUGUGUAAAGCACAUUGUUUCCGCCGGCUCUAGUGCUCUGCGGAGGACACCAUUUUCUAUCUCAAACAAGCAAACAAAAAGAAAAACAUACAUUGCCUUUUACCCCCCGGGGGGGAAGCUGAAACUCGUUAAUGCGCGCCGGAAGUAUGAGAAACUGUAUCCUAUCCUAAAGCACACAAACACACACACUCACACAUUAAAAAAGGCAUCGAGAAGGGGCAAAAGCCAAUUGUUAAAAGCCCGGCUGCGAGGAGGGAGGACACUAUUGUAAACAAAAGUUAGAACACGCUAAACAAAAGAGCGCCGCACUACACACUCUCACCAGCGCUCUAUUUUAUUGGUGGAAAUGUCCCAUGAUCCCCCCACAAAAAAAAACGAAGCUGAUCUGCUUAUAAAGAAGGACGAACAAAAUGGCGCUGACAGCAGCACCCGGUGACUGAUUUUACUAGCUAAUUGUGGUGUUGAUGUGUGCGUGUGUCCGUGUGUUUGGAAGGUGAUGAUAGUGUGGUGUGCAUAACACCUUCCUUCUAGCACUGGGCCUGUUGCAGUAAUGUUUAAGCAUCUUCUACAAGCAUUUUAUAUAUAAAAAACAAAAUAUCACCGUGCCGUUUUUUCUCGCGCAUGAAUUUAGUAGUUAUUGCACUGAAAACAAAACAAACACACAGACACACCGUUACCGUUGUUAUUGAUGUUAACCCGGUUAACAGUUUUCCCGUACACUGGACGCUUCUCCUUGUCAACAACCACCACCUCGUCGUUAUAGCAACGGUGUGUACAGAAGUAGUAGUAGUGGUAGUAGUAGCAGCAGCCUAGCAGCGCCACCUUUCGAUCGGUAGCGAAACUACACGACUUACGAUUUUUCGGUUUUGGUAGGGGUGUUUCAACCGGUUUAGAUUUUCCAAUGGAAGAAAACAGUCUUCUCGCAAUGACCGGUGCGGGCAUAAAAUCUCAACUCGAGCGUGCUCCCGAUGCAGUCGGUAAUAAAUUCGGUAGCCCAAAUCCGGAUUUGGAAGAGUCUAUUGGGCUUUCGAAAUAUGGUUUUGCUCACGACACCCCCUCACCUUCCUCACCCUGCCGGACUAGCGCCGUAAAUUUCCAGUAGAGAGAAAUCGUUCGAAAACAUUUUAAAACAAACAACGGAAAGAUGGUUUCUGUCGUGUACGGCCGCUAAGAUAUUUUCCGCUGAGGUGGUUUUCUUUCUGUCUGUAUGUGUGUGUGUGUCCUUUCCGUUCUUAACGAACAAGAACUCUUAAAUGGACGCUAGGAAGAAAACAAAACACACACGGUAGCACACCUUCCCCAUUCUCUCCCCGUUUUAUAAAUAUAUUGUGUAAAGAAUUGAACAAACAAACAAAAACCCAACUAUACAUAUAUAUAUAAUUAUACAUAUAUGCGAUAUAUAUAUACAUACAUUAUCGACGUUCGAUUUGUAGAUGCUAAAAAAAAUCAGCAACGUAAACACGUAAACGCGAGAGAAAAAGGAUUGAGGAAAAACAGAGGAAAACACUUCCACCACGAUCGGGGGCUGCAUUGGUGUAGAAAUAAUCUCAUUUUGGUGGUGUAGAGAGAGAGAGCGAGAUAUAAAACAGAAGGCACGAAAAAAAAGGUGUCCGGAAAUCUCUGGUGUGUGCCCUCAAACAUAGAUGUGCUUCUCAUUGAGUGUGUGUGUGUAAGCCGGUCAAUCCAAUAUCCAAUAUCGCAACCGAAGCAAAAGGGCAACAGCAAUUAUUUAUUAUGCAAAGUAUGGGAAAAUCACACACAGCCAAGGAACACAACCAAGUGGACUAAAGUGGACAACAAAAGGCAGAAAAGCAAAGAAUAUUACAAAGUAGUAAAAUAUUCGAAACCCAAUACAGAAAUUGCUGCACACAGAAAAGGGAGAAUCAUGGAAACUAGCCGCAUGGAAAAAUCGAAUACUGUUGCGCGAAAGGUGUUUAAAUAGUGUAGAAAACGUGAUGUUUGUGUGUGCGGGAAUCCCCCCUCCCGUUUUGCUGUGCUGUUAAAAGAAGCAUUAAGCAAGCGAGCGAGUAGCGAUUGAGUAUGAACGUGGCAAAUGGAGAGAAACAAAAAAGCGAACACAAUGGCAAAAGAAAGGCUAAUUAAUAUUAUUAUUUCUCUUUUUGCAGAGCAGCUCACGCGGAAAACGGGCACGGGGAAUGAGAUAGAAAGAAGGGGAAGAAAAACAAACAAACAAACAAGAAAUUAAAACAGAAAAAGUAUAUAUUGCUAGUUAUUUGUUAGAGUAAAGGAAGAAGGAAGGUAAACAAAACACAAUGGGGAAAAAAAACCCCCAGGAAUGCGUCAUAAAGUGGAGUGGAAGUUAAGGAUGCACUACUAGGCUUGCGAAAGUGUGAAAGCGUGAGAAACACGAGUGUGAAUGAGCUGGAAUGGAAAACAUUCGAAAGAAAGUCAGAGACCGGCAGUAAGUAAUAUUAAUAAACAACUAUCGAUAAGAACCACUUUACGAGAGCAUUGAGCGGGAAGAAGCAGCAGCAGAGAAUAACCAAAAUUUACCGCAUUACACACACCCAUACUGCAACACCUACACCCACACAUCCACACGCGAAUGCUCACGUACAGAUGCGCAUGCGAAAAACGUUCAUACACCACCCUUCACUAGUGCGUGCUCUGAGUAAUAAACAUAAGUAGUUACAUCUCUCGUUGUUAAAGUGAAACCAGAACAAAGCAAAACAAAGCAAGAAAGGUAUAGAAAACGAUACAAACAGAUCAGAAGAGCACGCAGGUUCUUCCGAAUUAGCUAAGAACACAGAACAGAACACUGAAAGCGAGAUUAGAACAUGGGAGGAGAACAACACGACACAUCCCGACAACAUUUCAGCAUCAAAAACCAUUGUUGUGUCCUUCCUUCCUUUCCCCUGUUUUUCCCUCUCCACCCCCCCCCCCCUCCGAAAUUUGCAAUAAUCUUCCCUCAUACCAUCUCCGUACACACAUACACACACAUACACAAAACAGUACAGUACACACUCAACAUACAUACAUACAUACAUGCAUCGUUUUCUAGCUUAGUAAGGUUGAACAGAAUUAGAAACAUUAAUAUAGAAAUGGAGAAAAAUAAAA